AUGCCUUCUCUAUCAAACAUCAAUUUCAGGCCCAGGCCCUCAAGCCCCAAGCGCAUUCAGCAGAAUGCCCAGUCAGACGACCAGUCGCUGGCUACUCUGCUUACGCGCGAUCAACGCGCUGAACUCAGUGUCUUGCUAGUCCACGUCACAGAGGUCAUGCGGAAAGACCUCAUCAAGGCCUUUGACGAGAAACCCAAGCCCAAACCGCCCGUUGAUACGGACAAGGGCAUUGAUCUGUCCAAGCUCAGCCUCGACGACGCAGGGGUCGCGAGCCAGGAUGCAGAGAUCGAAGCCAUGAAACGAGAACAGAUCGAAGCUGCCAGAUCCGAAGAAGAAGCUACCGUGUCAGCCACGCCUCAAAGCGAGGCUCUCAAGAAAUCCGCUCUAGAAUUCUUCGACCGUUGGUCUGAAAGCGUGAUCUUGAGGGUCGGGGAGGUCGUCAACUCCCGCGAAGAGCGAACUCCAGCCCCGCAACAACCUCACAAAAAUACCACUCCGCCAUCACAGGUCUACGUUCCCACUGAGAGAGAAAAGGCCGCCGACCAGCGACUGUCAGACAUAUACGCUCCAGUCCCCACGCCGUUGGCGGAUCUAAGUCACACAGAACGCUCGACGGUUCUCAACGCCAUCCUCCUCCUUCUUCUCAGUCUCGAAGCAUACCGUGCUCACUCACGGACGUUGAUGCUUCGACUCGCGGCGUCAUUGCACAUCUCCAGUGGCGAAGUGUCCAAAAUGGAGAAAGAUAUCGCUUACGGUCUUCUCGCGGCAGCGAGCAAGAUGGACGCCGGUGAUUCUGCGUCUGCCGCCCAGAAGGCCAACGCCACUGCACGGAAAUGGAAAGUCGGAAUAGCCAGCGUCGCAGGCGCCGCCUUGAUCGGCGUCACAGGUGGGCUGGCCGCUCCUCUGGUAGCCGCCGGAGUUGGAGGUUUGUUGGGGGGGCUGGGUCUCGGUGCGACCGCUGCCGCGGGGUAUCUGGGUGCACUAGCGAGUAGUGGUGUCCUUGUCGGUGGGCUGUUUGGGGCAUAUGGAGGCCGAAUGACAGGGCGCAUGAUGGACAAGUAUUCAAAGGAAAUUGAAGAUUUUGCCUUCAUUCCUAUCCGUGGCAACGUGGACGACAGUGAAGAGAAACUGCAAGAAAGACGGCGGUUGAGGGUCACAAUCGGCAUUACCGGCUGGCUGACGCAGGAAGACGAGGUGAAGAGUCCGUGGAAAGUACUGGGCGACGGCGGCGAAGCGUUCGCUUUGAGGUGGGAACUACAGGCGUUGAUGAAUCUUGGGAAUGCCUUGAAGAAUUUUGUCAGCAGUCAGGCGUGGAGCUAUCUCAAGAAGCAAAUCAUCAAGCGGACCCUGCUGGCGGGUCUGUAUUCGGCCAUGAUGGCGCCCCUGGCAAUACUCAAAGUUGCGAAACUGGUCGACAGCCCAUUCGGGAUUGCCAAGUUGAGGGCUAUGAAGGCCGGAGAGGUGCUUGCUGAUGCGCUGAUCAACAAGGCCCAAGGAGAGAGGCCGGUCAGUCUGGUGGGCCAUUCUUUGGGAGCCAGAGUCAUCUAUUCCUGUCUGUUGGCACUGGCCCGGAGGCAAGCGUUCGGCCUGGUCGACAGUGUCGUCGUGAUGGGUGCGCCGGUGCCAAGCGACGACCACGUCUGGCGGUCGAUGAGGAGCGUGGUCAGUGGACGACUGAUAAACGUGUACUCGACCAACGACUACAUUCUCGCCUUCAUGUAUCGGACCAGUAGCGCACAGCUUGGUAUUGCUGGACUGCAAGAAAUCAACGUGUACGGCGUGGAGAAUUUCGACGUCAGCGACGAAGUCACCGGCCAUUUGAAGUAUCAGAACAUGGUGGGCAAGAUAUUGACCGAAGUCGGCUGGACCGACAUCGACGAAGAAGCGCUGGCAAAGGAGGAGAUCAUUCUAGAGCAGGUCGAGGAACAGGAGAAGCGGCGGGAAGAAGAGGAGAAAGAAAAUGAACGGAAAGGGGAAGAGAACGAGGAGACCGAGACGCCACAACAGAAGCCUGCUCUUCCACCGAGACGGAAAUGA